AUGCAGAGAGCAAAUAUCUUCAAAUCUGCAAGUUUUACACUGGUCAUAGGUCAUGAUAUUUCCAUUUUGUUCAUAACUUCAGCAGUUGGUAUAGCAUUAGGGGGAUUCUUGUCUCUGGAGGAUUCGUUCUCUCCAACUGUUGACGAAAUCAUUGAAUCAGAAAAUCUAACCUCAUGGAUCGAAAACAGAGAGGCAAAAUUCUUGCUCAUGAAUUACCUUUUGCUAUGCCCAGAACAAGAUAUGUGUCUUGGUCAAAAAUUUAGACGGAACUAUACUUUUACUCUACAUCCAUCGUGUACACCAUGUGACUGUGAAGAUUCUUGUGUGAGAAAAGCCACUUGUUGUCCUUCUAAAUUCUACAGACAAGCAACCAUUCCAGACUUCAUUGAAUACAUGCCAAUUGAAGAGGGAAAACAAAAGGGUCAGUCUUUGUCUUGUCUUGAGCCAUUAUGGAAUAAAGACACAGGCAUCUCACUUGAUAAAUCUUACUGGAUGAUUGAUACAUGCAAAAGUGGUGCUACUUGCUUGUCACCCCAAUCUAGAAAUAUCACCCAUGCUACGCCAGUGACGUCAUUGAUAACCAAUGAAACGUAUCUAAAUCUACAGUGCUCAUUAUGCAACAAUGAAUCAAUUUUUGAUAUGGUUCCUUGGGAGAGGGAAAAAAUUUGCAAGAAUCGAUCGGCGCUUUUUUCAAAUGAUAACUUUGAAACUCUUUACCAAUCUGUGUUUUCGAUAAAGAGUCCAGUCUGCAACAUUGGAUUUCAUCCUCCAAAGUCCAUUCAAAAGAUAAUAAAUCCAUGUAUAAAAUAUACAGCUCAAACUCACCCUAAUUGUAACAAACUACAUGGACUAACGGAAGAAACAAAGGUUCUUCUCCUUGACGCUUGCCAGAUAUACUACUUACCCUACAGAACUUCCAAUGCCAUUUAUAAAAACAUCUAUUGUGCCCUGUGUGAUAUAGAUGUCUUUGAUCUUACGAUUCAAAUUGACGUAGGCGGAGCAGGAUUCAUCACUUCUAUGCUUUCAUCCUUUUCCGCUCUGAUGGAUUUCAAACAAACUGAAAAUGAAGUGCACACAAAAGACACUAAUUGCGCAACAAAUCAAGUAUUCGACAGAAAGAUGUCCAAGUGUCUGAAUAUUGAAUGUGAACCGGAAUACAUUUACAACAACUCAACCUGCCAACUUCGUUACCCGAUGCUUGGAAAGAGCAACUACGAAUUGAAUCUAAUGCUCACUUUUCUAGAAGAUUCCAACAGGACGAAUUGGGAAUACAAUUUACAGGAUGUGGAAUCAGUUAUUGCAGGCAUCAUAUUUACUAACAAUUUGACUGAUUUCCUCUGUCGGAUUUCAAUUUUGACUCCGUUAAAACCAGAUUUCUUGGCAAUUGUUGUUGAACUCUCGGUAGACCAUUAUCAUAACGUUGACAUUAUGAUACAGAGGUUGAGGAAUGUGUUUUCUAUACAGAAAAUGGCGGUACUUCUAUCACCUCUAAACAGCGAAGUAAAUGUCACUCUUUCUGUUGUUGGGCAAAGGUUUCAUAUACACGGCAAUUCUUUAUUUGGUACAAAUAUUCGUAACCGUUUCUAUAUGAACCCAAUGAGUCAAGAUAAAAUGUAUUUAUACCAGGGUGCCCCAGAACUAAACUUUUAUGAGUAUGAUCCCGAAAGACCUCUUUGUUUCCAAAAUGAUAUGGUGAUCUUUGUAGCUGACUGGUAUCGCUGUCCUAAAGUAAAAGUGAAAACAGCAGACGCAAAAUUAAAUGUGUCACACUUUGCUGUAUGUCUAGUAGACUAUCAAGCCUGCUUCUCUUCGAAUCUGUUCAAAGAGGCUCAGGAUAAGCGCAGUGUAGAAAUAUGUCUCGAUGAGUACCUUAAAGCUAUCAGUCAAGCAAACAGUCAAAGGGAAAUUUCAGAAAACCUCUUAAUGAAGUAUUUCUCACUUACAUGUCUCUCUCUUUCCUCCAUUGCUUCUCUGGUUACUAUUCUAACUUUUUUUCUCGAUAAAUCCCACAGAUCAUUUGCAGAUAUCAAUAUCAUUACAUUAGCUGUGUUGUCAAUUUUGGCAAAUACAGUGUACACUUUCUCCAAGUUUUUUCUUUGGAAUGAGUCAUUGUGUAUUGGGAUAGGCAUGCUGGUUCAUUUCCUCUGGCUUUCUGUCAUAGGUUGGAUGAGCUUAUCUACCUUUCAAAUUUUUCAAACGUUUACGACUAUAUCAACUGUACAGAAGAAAGGCAGUACAAGGGUAUUAGUUUUCUUAUUGAUUGAUGCCGUUCUAUGUUUGGCAAUAGUUGCUGUCAAUGUCAUUGUAAGCUCUGUCCAAAGUGAAUGGGGGAGUCUUGGCUACUCCCCUCGCACGUGCUACAUUGCUAACCCAAACAUGAUCCUCUUUACUUUUGCACUUCCGGUUGGAUUAUUCAUCUCUAUCAAUUCUUUCAUGUUUCUUGUGACAUUAUCACGGAUUUGUGUAAAGGCUGAUAUACGAAAGUCAAAGGAUAAAAGUAGAUUAGGUGCAUACUUCCGGCUUUCUACCCUCGUUGGUGUUGCAUGGAUGUUUGGUUUUCUGGCUCAGUUCACUGAAUUACAAUUAUUUUCCAUGUUGCAUACACUUUUUAACGGCGGUCUUGGCAUAUUUAUAUACCUAGCGUUUGGUUUACCUCUGAAUCUCAAAUCUGUGUCGCGCAGUCUUGAUGUUAGAGAGAAGAAUACGGAAAGUUUUACCGGAAAAUAA